AUGGCUGAUACGCCCAAAGACACACUCUUUCUACCCAUAAUCCUUCGUAAUCAUCACCAACCGGCUCUGUCCCAGGAGGAUGAAGCGGAGCAGGUCGAGCUCGAUCAAGAGCUCCUGGAAUUUCUGGAAGGAAAUCUCCGGAAAAGGAGGGAACUACUUAUCAGGUCGCUGGAAGCUGUCAGAGGAUGCAGGGAAGAACUGCAGCAGGCUCAAGACCCGUUGAGAGUUGGUCAAAGCUCAGGCAGCGAUCAGGCCUCCCUCGAAAAGCUCGCUUCUCGCGUCCAGAAAUGCCGAGAUAGACUUGUUCGGGGUCUCUACUCGCAGAAGCUUGCUCAGGAUGCUGUAGACGGGUUGGUUCUACAGUUGGAGACUGCCAAAGAGUUCACAUCCAAGCAUAUGAAGCCGCGUCCGUUUUGGACAGUUCCCCAAGAGGUUUGGCUGAAGAUAUUCCGAAUGGUCGUCCAGCCCGACUACGACUUGCCGGACGAGACAGAACAAACACCCCGAGGAUGGGUUCAUGGGAGUCGUUCCAUGAUACUCGGAAGUGUAUGCCAUCUUUGGAGGUCACUGGUUCUCACAGAUCACUCACUCUGGGGAAGCACGGCGAUAGACCUGCAGCAAAGCGUUGACCAUGCGAGGAUGCGGAUACGCCUCUACCUUGAACGCUCAAACCGACAGCCACAUACCAUUAUCAUCGUGGGCCGUAACUGCACUACCCUGUCGGAAUCCUGCGUGAUUCAGGACCUUUUCCAAGACAUCGAAUAUUGCGACACCAUCCAGUGUCGAGCCGACAUGAUCUCCUCCCCUUGCAUCGACCGCCUUCUCUUGCACAUGCCUGCACCUACGACUAUUGUGCUUCGUGGUGAGCCAGUCGGGGGAACAAAAUCUCGCUUCUUGUUACCCGAAAAGAUCAUCCGUCGAAUCGAAAGGUUUGACAUUUGUGGGUGCAAUUAUACGUGGUAUGAUGAGCACGAUCAGCUCUUCCGGCCAAAGUAUGUUGAUAUCCGGAGCGGGCUUCGGGAUAUCGCCAUGGAAGGGGUGUGGAACGUGCCGCAUGUAUGGGCACCAGCAAUGGCACAGAGUGUCAUGCAUUUCGCCUUUGAUAUGUGUUUGCUCAAAACCGGCCUGGUGAAAGAGCGUUUCCCCGUCCUGACGACGAUCGAGAUGGCGCUUGACCAGCUAGUGCUUAGAUUAGCUAAUUACGCCAUCUUUCCUCUCCUCAGAAAUCUCAUCAUCCUUCGACUCGGACGGCCUUGUAUGGAGGAGUGGAAAGUCUUCACCAAGAAUUCAGACAAGGGUGGUUUAAUUCAGCAUGUAACACUGCGAUCCUCAAAUGAGAACGGCGGACAAGACCUUGUGCCGUAUCUUGGGAGGUUACCAAGGCUAAUGGACCUGAGGCUCGAAAGAGGGUGCGUGGAGCGAUUCCUUUCCAAAAUACUGGAUACGGACGCUUUUCCGACGUAUGCCGGCGUCAGGUAUCUCACAGUCGCUGAUUAUAAUGGGACCGGAGAGAUAUUGGUGCGAGCAGUCGAACGGUGGGCGGAUGUGACAAAACCUCAGGGCAUUAGGGGGGUAUUCAGCUCUUCGGAGAAACCCCUUCCGUUCCACCUUGACUUGGAAGGGUGUAGCCGCCUUUCGGACUCGGUCCUGCACAAACUUGCACCCUAUCGGACGUGA